ACUAGUAUAAACAACCCUCCUUUGGCGGGAUGGGAGCCAUAGGGCUUAUGUGGCUGCUGUUGCUGCUUUCACCGGCAGCCUCAGGCUCCGGGACCGGGACCGAGACCGGCCAGCGCGUGGGCUCACCAGCCAUGGGGUCGGCGCUGCAGCCCCGGGAGCCGCUCAGCUACUCGCGCCUGCAGAGGAAGAGCCUGGCGGUGGACUUUGUGGUACCCUCUCUCUUUCGCGUCUAUGCUCGGGACCUGCUGCUGCCGCCGCUGUCCCCUUCGGAGCCGAGGGCCGGCCGGCUGGAGGCGCGCGGCUCGCUGGCUCUUGACUGCGCCCCACUGCUUAGGCUGGUGGGGCCACCACCCGGCGCCAGUUCUCCCGCCCCGGCCCGGGCAUGGACGCUGUCCAGGGUGCUGAAGGAAGGCUCGGUUCGCAAGCUCCGGCGCGCCAAGCAGCUGGUGCUGGAGCUGGGAGAGGAGGCGAUCCUUGAGGGCUGUGUAGGGCCCCCAGGGGAGGCGACUGCGGGGCUGCUCCAGUUCAACCUCACUGAGCUGUUCAGCUGGUGGAUUCGCCACGGCGAAGGACGGCUGAGGAUCCGCCUGAUGCCCGAGAAGAAGGCGUCGGAAGUGGGCAGAGAGGGAAGGCUGUCCGCUGCGAUCCGCGCCUCCCAGCCCCGCCUUCUCUUCCAGAUCUUCGCGACCGGGACCGGUUCCCGUCAGAGCUCCUUGGAGUCACCAGCAAACCUGCCUUCUCUUCCUCCUGAUUCUUUUGCCUGGAAUCUGACCUGGAUAAUGAAAGAUUCCUUCCCUUUCCUGUCUCAUCGCAGCCGAUAUGGUCUGGAGUGCAGCUUUGACUUCCCCUGUGAGCUGGAGUAUUCCCCUCCACUGCACAACCUUGGGAACCAGAGCUGGUCCUGGCGCCGUGUCCCUGCCGAGGAGGCUUCCCAGAUAGACCUGUUGGAUGGGCCCGAAGAGGAGCAUGCCAAGGAGAUGCCCAGAGGCGCCUUCCUCCUCCUCAACACCUCGAUGAACUCCAGGCACAGCAUCUUGAGUCCAUGGGUGAGAAGCAGCAGCGAGCACUGCAGGCUGGCCGUCUCGGUGCACAGGCACCUGCAGCCCUCCGGGAGGUACGUCGCCCGGCUACUGCCCCACAGUGAGGCUGGAAGAGAGAUCCCCCUGGUACCCACUCCAGGAAAGCAUGGUUGGACUGUGCUGCAGGGAAGAAUUGGACGCCCAGAGAACCCGUUCCGAGUGGCCCUGGAGUACAUCUCGAGUGGAAACCGAAGCUUGUCUGCAGUGGACUUCUUUGCCCUGAAAAACUGCAGCGAAGGAACAUCCCCGGGCUCCAAGAUGGCCUUGCAGAGUUCCUUCACUUGCUGGAACGGAACAGUCCUCCAGCUGGGGCAGGCCUGCGACUUCCACCGGGACUGUGCCCAGGGAGAAGAUGAGGGCCAGCUGUGCAGUAAACUCCCUGCUGGUUUUUACUGCAACUUCGAGGAUGGAUUCUGUGGCUGGACCCAAAGCUCACUGUCACCCCACACGCCCCAGUGGCAAGUCAGGACCUUAAAGGAUGCCCAGUUCCAGGACCACCAAGAGUCCCUGCUUGACUGCCAGAGGGGCAGAGGGCCUCCACACACCCAAGAGAUGCCACCCAUGCUGGGCUGGGCUGACUCCACGCCCGGAGGAACUGGCCUCGGGAUCAGAGGAGGUCUGUGA